ACAAAAACUACAAAAGAGUUAUGCCAACUGAAACCGCUUUCGUAUGUGUGUCAAUCAAAGGCAGUGCAAAAUGUGCGCCAAAUCGAAUUACGGCACUGAAAAGUAAAAAUCUGUAAAUAUUUAUAAUAAAUGCUCUGCGAUUGAAAUGCGUGUGUGCAGCAGAUCGCAAAAAAUGAUAAUUAAAUGAAUUAAAAUUUAUGAAAACAUCAAACGCACAGUAAUCUCAUUAGCGUCGUGCGUGGCCACCGGCAUAAAAACCACGCAAAAUGUUCGGCUGCAUCUACCAAUUAUGGGACUGGUUGGACGCCCCACCGCUCUUCAACGGCGCCACUAUGGACGCGAAGAAGCUGCAACAGCUGCAGCAGCAAGCAAACGCGCAGAAGAAAUUGCCACUCGCCUAUCAAACGAACCUCGUCGACUAUCGCGCCGCCACUCACUCGCCAGUCUUUCAGCAACAGCAGCAGCAGUCCGCAAUGAGCGCCUAUCACAGCGUCGGCGGCAGCGGCUAUCAGCAAAGCCCCACCGCCACCUCCUCGAGUGGUGGUCCACUCACACCCAUCGACAUGCAACCGCAACCAAAUAAAAUGCUGCUUAAGCAUAUGACCGGAAGUGGUGGCAACACCUCGAGCAGCUCACACAGCUCGCCGUAUCACCAGUCGUCCUACAACAGUGGCGGCGAGCAGCUCUAUCAGUCACCGACGGAACGUACCUAUUUGACAGCGGCUGGACGCCUGCAGGCCACCUCGGCGCAUAAUCCUGCCACAGCGCUGCAACAACAGUACCAACAGCUGCAACAAGCCAAGCUGCAGGCACAAAUGCAGACGCAGAGUGAGGCGGUGCAGCAGCAGCAACGCACAUUCGCCAUGCGGCAGGCCAUGAAUCCGCCAGUGCCGCAGGGACACUUUCAUAUGAGUCAGUCGUCGAGUAUUAUGUCGACAAUCACUUUGCAACAGCAGCAGCAACAACAACAGCAGCUGCAGCAGAAUGCAGCUGCGGCGGUGCAUGGCCGUGCGCCACCCUCCACCUUGAAUCUGAAUAGUCAAUACCAGCCAGCAGGCGGUGUGGGGCCAUUGAAGGUCAAUCAGAAGCAGACACAGCAGCCGCAGCAACAUUAUCACACACAAGAUCAGCAGCAAAUUUACGCACAACACCAGCAGCAACAUCAAUUACAAUUGCAAUUGCAGCAUCAGCAACAGUUGCAGCAACAGCAGCAGCAACACGCACAUCAACAACAACAGCAACAGCAGCGCUUGAAAUCGGAGCAGACCACACCGGGCAGUGAGCAGAGUCCCGUUUACAUACAACAAAACCAUCCCGGACAUGUAGUCAAUCAAGCCUGUCAGACACAAAUAUCGGCGGUUAAAGGCAGCGCUGUGGUACAAAAGACAACACCCAGCUCGGAGGAUUCGUCGAGCAAGAGCCCUUCACACGCGCCAUUAGACCGCAAGAAGAGCAUCGGUUCAAUGCAGGCGCUCAAAUCGCCCAUCACUAAGCGUCCACCCACGUCGCCGGUAACGCUCUCCGGUUGGCUCUACAAGCAGGGUUCGGACGGUUUGAAAGUGUGGCGCAAACGUUGGUUCGUGUUGGCCGAAUAUUGCCUCUACUACUACAAGGGACCCGAGGAGGAGAAAUUGCUCGGCUCCAUACUUUUGCCAUCGUACAAAGUGUCCGCCUGCCUGCCGGAGGACAAAAUCUAUCGCAAGUACGCCUUCAAGUGUGAACAUCAGAACAUGCGCACCUAUUGGUUAGCCGCCGAGACGGGCGAGUCAAUGAUGCAGUGGGUGCGCGCGCUCACCGCCGCCACAACUAUGCAGGCGCCCACUAGCGGCGAAUCCGAUCAGCCGAGCGGUUCGUCUUCACUAAAUCACAGCGGCGAGAACUCCGACUCUGGCAUACACACGCUACAGUCGCAGCAGAGCAAGAUGAGCCUCACUCAGGGGCAGGUAACGCCGGCCUCAGAGAACGCUAACGCGAAUUCGGCGUCGAGUAGCAACAGCGGCGGCGCUGGUGGUGGUGGUGGGCAGCAGCCUUUGUACGCGAAUGCGCCACCCAAGCCUAGACGGAUCAACGAUGGUGGCUACUCGUCGCCUAGUCCCGAACAUUCGAUUGACAACGAACGCAAACCGCAUCACCAACAGCAACAACAACAACAGCAGGCAGGUCGUCAUAGCGGCCUUAUGUCACCGACAUUGCAACAAAUGCAACAACAACAGCAACAGCAUUACCAUCAACGUGGUGCCCAGCAACCGCAACAACAUCAUGCCAUUUACGAUACACGCACCGGUAAUGUUUCAUCCGCACUGCGGCUGCAGCAAACACAACAACAAUACUCCGUAGACCAAUUGGAGGCACAAUUGCAGCAGCAAAUGGCUUUGUCGCCGGAAGAUUACCCCAAAUCGCCGCCACCGCCAGCUACACACUCGAACUACAUGGAGCUCGAGGAGCAGAUGUUACGUCUACAACAACAACAACAACAACAACAGCGUGGUGAAGAUAUUUACGGCGAACGCGAUCUGUACAUGCAAAAGCUGAUACAACAGCGUUAUCCACCACACUUGGCGCUCUACCCGAACGCAGAACGUCGUACACCGGACGCAUAUGGCCGCUCCAAAAAUCGCAUAUUCUCGGAUUAUGAAGAUAUUUACAAUUUAACCCAAGCCGGUAUGCCAACAUCAGCGCAGGAGGCUUUGCUACAAGAGGCGGCCAGUUACCGGCGUCCACUCAGCCCGCCCAGCUAUGAUGGCAGCAAACAUGUGCCAGCAAUGCCGAUGCGUUAUACACCCAAUCACAUGGAGGCUGCUCAACAACAACAACUAACCGCCAGCAACAGCAAUUUACGUUCACGUCAACCCGCCGCGAUCGUGCGCCCACAUUCGGCGGAUUUUCUGGAAUACGAAGCGCGCGCCGAAUCAGCGGCCGCAGCUGCAGCCGCCGCCGGCACCAGCAACUUAUCGAGCGCCAUCAAACCAGAUGCAGUGCGCGCGCCACGCCCCAAAUCCUCGUUAGACAUCAAUCGCACACCGGACAGCUUCUACUACUCAGAGGCUAGCUACGCGGAGAAGAUGCGCAAAAGCGCGCUAUACUUGCAACAUCCAAAAGGCGCCACAAAUGCACAGCCACAGCAGGCGGGCGGCUAUCGCACCGCCAGUGAUUUCCUUAGCCCCCUGGGUAGCGGUAUGCAUACUAUCGGUUAUGAAAAUCCCUACGAACGCGCCUACAAGCGCGGCGAGCAAUUACAUGAUGGGCAAGGUGCCGCUAGCAUGCCGCGCAUGAGUCGCAGCAAUACAACGACCUCCAUGAACACGAGCAGCUUGGCGCAUUUGCGCUCACAAUCGAUGCAUCCGCAACAAACACAGGCACUGCUCUCGCCACAGUCACAGUCACAACAGAAGCAGCAGCAACCACCGCCGCCGCAAAAGCCUGUCUAUACGCCAACCAUGUCGACGCAGCAGAUUAUUCAGCAGAGCGAACAAUUCCUACGCUCGGCAAGCGCACGCCUGCCCAAGCGCAGCGGCGGUUUCGAUGAUGACUACAACAGCGCGACUACCACUUCACCGCCGCAACAGCAACAACAACAACAGCAGCAACAGUCAUCAUUGCAGUCAUCACAGUCACAAUCACAAUCAUCUUCACAAUCACAACAUCAGCAGCAUCAACAUCAGCCAUCGGCACAAGAUGGCGAACGCAAGCGUGAAGAGUCGAUGAAACGUUUGCUGGAGUGGAAGCAGCGCAUGUUGCAGUCACCGUUGACGCGCAAGGGCAUGCAACAAGGUGGCAGCAAUAUGUCGGCCAUGUCGAAGCUUGGUAGCAAUCCGAACAUACUGCUCGCCUCGACGACGGUGGCGAGCGGCGCGCAUUAUGCCGCCACCAAUACGAGCGGUGGCAACAGCAGCGGCGGCAAUGCGGUUGGUGGUAGUGUUGUGGCUGGCACUGUUGGCGCGGGUAGUGGUGGCAUCACCACUAUGGCGACUGGUGGCAGUCUGGUCGGCGGCGUAGGCGGUAUACAGCGUAGUCGUUCGGAUGCGCAUGCGAACCUCGGACCAGCCGGCUACAAUAGUUACUCGUCGGACGAUGAAGAUGGAGACAACACAAACGGCAGGCCAGCAGGAAGGUCCACCACCACCACAACCACAAACACCACUACCACUACUAGCAACUCUGUUGUCACUACUACCACUACCACUACUACUACUCUAGCUACCAUUACUAGUUUAGCGACAGGUGUCGGCACUGUUGCUGGUGCCAUUAACCAAGCGUCAAGCCAAGCUGCGGCCGUUGGCCCAGCCAUUGAUGGUGGUAAUAGAAGCAAUCCAACAACAAAGUCAACAAUUACCUACGCCGAAACGAAUACAGGCACAACAACGCAUAUACCAACAACAACACAAACAACAGUACAAACGAGCACCCUAUUGCGCGGCACAGAGACAGUUAGCGACAAGACGGACGCACGCGAUAUAGCGACAGUGACAGCGCCAACUGAUACCGAUAACAAAAACAACAACACAGCAAUCUUCGCAGCAACAAAAGCACCAAUUACGCCGAAACCCAUACUGAAGAACAGUGGAGAUAGAGCAAAGCACAACGAGACGUGUGAAAGCCAAAGCGGAAAGUUGGCGCAACAAGCGAAAUUGCAACUGAAUAUGGCGGCGCUUAAGGAUAAUGGUGCGGUGCCACCGGAGGUGCCCAUCUUACCCAAGAAACCGGCGCCGAAAUCACCGCAAAUUACCACAUACACACCUGUCUACACCACAAAGACGCUGACGCCAACGCCCUCACCAUCGAAGACUUAUGAAAAUGUGCAAUUAAUUGAGAGCAGCGAAGAGGGGAGCGGGCAGCACGCCGUCGAGAUGACGGAUGAAGUAGAGCUGCAGUUGGAAGAGCGACAAGCGGCCACUGAUGAUGAGGAGCAGGAAACCGCAGACACUACAUAUAAUUAUGAUGCCGGUAAUGUUAAGCGUGUGGUGGCGAAUGACACUGUUGAACGCGCACACGAACUCGUACAAGCGAAAGAGACAAUGUCAUCAAUGCAGAUAAUAAAUGAACAGGAGACACCAAUGUUGGCGCAGUUGCAAGUUUAUCAAAGAAUACAAGAGGCUAACUUGAAGGCGGUGAGGGAAAAAGAAACGAAGGAUAUGUAUGAGCAAGCGAGGGAAAGUGUUGUGCAGCCGGCAGAAUUGCAGGUUGGAGGAGAGACGGCAGUAGUGGAUGAACAUUUUAGCAGUGAGCUGAAAGAUGAGCUCAAUAUAGAUGGGGGUGAUGCAAGAGUUGUCACAACUGCUACUGUUGAAAAUACACGAGAAGGCACAGAUGAAGACGACGACACGGUCGGUGAGGAAUAUACCGACGAUGAUCUCGACGAAGCUUUGGCUGAAGAAGCAAACGCAGAAGAUGAAACAGCAAUGUCCACAGAUAACAAACCCCACACUAGUAGUCAGCAAGACUAUACGGUCACGGAUACUGGCAUAACGGUAACGGUUGAACCUGAUCUUAAGCCAAUAAUUGCGGCUGAGCCGCGCACCCCCCUUAUGGCCGCACUGACUUUCGAUGAGAAUCACUAUCUGCCAAUGACGCCGAAAAAGAGUGAUUUAGCACAGUCUGGCAAUUUGACGCUAAUAAGUCUGCAUGACUCCACCACUGAAGAGGAGAACCCCUAUGUGGAAAUGAGUAAAAAUAUACCGGAUGAAGAUUCCCGGUCAAAUUAUGAGAUUAUGUGCAUAAAUCCACACGCCGGUCCAGCGCUAACUAGCGCUGCUGUCAAUGCGAAGCAGCUGCAAAUACAAGCAGAGCCGGUGUAUAUGGAACUAAGCGCAGCCAGCAGCAUAAGCGAAAGUGGUAUCCAUACAGCCGCCGCACAGAGCAGCGCCGCAGCUGCAAGUAACGCGCAACAACUGCCACCGCCACUGCCGGCCGAUGACUUGCACAGCUCAUCCGGUCGGUCGACAUUGAAGAAGAACAAAAAAGCCACCGAUACAUUGAAGAAGAAAGCGAAAAAGUCCAGCGCAGAGCGUGCACAAUGCAAGCGAAAAGAUCUGCCCGAUAUACUGAAGCAGUCGCAGAGCACAAUGCCACACGUAUCAGAUAGUUCCGACGCCGAUGACGAGUCUACAAAAUAUAACGAUCUCAAGAAGAUGCGCUCACGCACACGCUUCAGUCUAUCGGACACUUUCCGUCCGGCCUCAUAUUAUCUAGGUGCCUCCACACCACUGGCCGAUUGUGCCGAAAGCUCCGAUAGUGAAAUAGUUUCACCCCCGCCUAUACCAGCCUCACCGCCGCCAAUGGAGGACUUGAAAACGGAAGAGAUAUUCUCUUCCGAGCAUUAUGAUACCGUGAAGCGACGCGACAGCAGCAGCAGCAGUGUAACGAAGAUCAACCUAUCAUACGACCAAUUACCGAAGUUACACGCAAGCAACACUUCGUUGAAUAGACAGAAAACCGAAUCGACCUUGAAGUGUAGUCGUCUAUCGUUGCCGGAUCAGUUCUCGAAACAACGCAGUGCCGUACAUUUCAAGCAACCACAUGCAGCUGCGCUACUCAAGCACCACGAACGCACGCUCUCCGACUCGAAUUACAGUUUUCAAACCGACAACAGUUCCAACACCUCGUCCGACUUUGAUUUCUAUAAUAAACUGAAGCAAAACUCACCCUCAUAUGUGGCGUCGCCCGGACGCUAUCCAUCGAAUAGUUCUUUGCCGCAGAAAUACAUGCUAAACGCCACGCCACCUACUGGCGACAGCAGUGAAACCGAUUCGGCGGUGGAGUUUCGUCAUCGUCAAGGCUCGGACUCUGAAUUAGAACGACAACGUUCCCGUCGUCCACUGUCCGAAGAAUCCAUUAGCGAGAUUGAAUCUUUACGCGAAAAAUUCGAAGAGACACUGUCACAUGACUUAGAUACUUAUCUCAGCCAUUUGCAAUCGAACGAUUUGUAUCUGUACCAAAACACGCUCUUGGACACACCACUUACCGUAGGCUCCACGGAACUGCUGACGAAACUCAUAAAACCACCGGAGACAUUCCGCAACAAAGACGACGAGCAUUUCUACGGCAACAUACGCUUCGUGUCGUCCACGGAUUCGCUGCAACGACUAGGCGGCGACACACGCGAUGGCGCUGCUGCCGGUGCGGGCUGCCUCACACCCACCUCCGGCGACCAAGAUCAUUCAAAGUACUACACACCCAUACACAGUCGCAAUAAUAGCAACAUCUCUGACAAAUCCGCACCCUAUUACUAUUCCGAGCUCAGCAGCAGUCGUGAGUUGAUCGCCACACCUACAGCGCCCUUGAACAACCAGCGCGAUGUACACGCGCAUGGCUCGAAUAUAACGCACAUACACAAUCCCAUCGAUGGCCAUGGGCGCGUCAUUUCAAACAUAAAUGUGGAUCUGUUGGCCGACAAGGAUCAGGCGAUCGACAGUAAAAAUUUAUAUAAAAUGAAGACGAAUGUGGAAAAGCUGAGCUACCGCUCGGGCAAAAUACUAAAUGCCAGCGAGACUGCUGCUGCAGCGCUAGCAGCCGCCAACACAGCGACUUCUUCGUUGGCAACAGCCAGUGAUUAUCAGCGACGUUACGCGCAAACCACCAAAAUGAGCAACUUUCAACAGACUAACCUACAACAUGUACAUACUGAAAUAACGGGCACCAAUGCAUAUCCCACAGCCGUCACGCACACACCAUCCGCGUCACCACAAACUCAUCAUUCUCCUUAUCAGACUUAUACCGCUGGCCGCAGCGCUAGGGUUGGCGGUAGCGGCAGUGUUGGUAGUUCGGCGAAAAUCACAAAUAUGCAACAACAACAACUGGGACACAGUAACAUCAUCGGUUUGGGAGCACUGGGUCAUUCAAAUCAUAUUGUUGUCGGUGAAGGUAGUGAUGUAGCAGCGUCUCCACACGGAGGCCGCACCUCCACUAACACUAAUACUAAAACGGCACACGCCGUCGCUGGCACGAACACAAAUAACGCACAGAAAUUCUCCGUUCUAGGCACACCCAUAACCGGUGAGCUGCUAUGGGAGGAAGACACGCUGUGGCGCGAAAGCUUGCGACGCGUCUCACAACGCCAUGCGCGUUCGCUAGACAACCUCGAUCGGCUAGCGCCCAGCCCGACGGCGCUCAUGAGACGUGAACUGCAUGGCGACGAACGCACCGCACACAAAGCGAAAAUCACACGUGAUGUUACCUACGUAAACGAUACUGUGUCACAGCAGGUGCGCGCCACGUACAAGCCGCGCCUGAGCGAACCGCUUACGCCACACCAUGCGCGGCAUGCACGCGCUACCGACGAGGAUCGCCUCAAUGAGAAUGAUGUAUACGUGCAGCUGCAAGAACAUAUGACAGACGACGGUCACAGUUCGGAUGUGUAUGAGGUGUUGCGCACGGACAGCGGCUCAAACCUGUCGCACAAAUCGGUGGAGAUCGAUCGCGAGACGAUACGCCAAUGGGACUCCAUGUCCAGCGGCCUAAUGAAGCAUUCGGGCAGCAAUAGCAACUCGGAAAAUGACAAUCCCUGCGGCAGUGAGAGUCUCACAAGUGUGGGUAGCACAGUGCGCGCCAUUAUGGAGCAAUUGAAUGUGAGCUGUGAUGACAAUGACAAUGGUGCGCCACCAUCAGCAGCGUCAAUUUCAGUGCGGAAUGUACGCAAUUUACCCAAAGGCAAUCUUACCGUUAAACCAGAUCCCUCGGAUGCACACAAUCCGCUACAGCAACAGCAGCAGCAACUACAACAACAACAACACUUAGCGCAGGGCACUUACGAUCCAACGCUGGGCACACUAACGAACUCCUACUACGGCACGGCGCACGACACGAAGUACGCGAAGACAACAACACUCACGGAUCAACGCGGUGGCUUUGUUGGCCUGGGUGGUGGUGGUGGUGUUGGUGGCGUUUACGGCAGCAACGGGCUCAUAGCAGGUGGCAACAGCAUCUUGGCCGCGUCGACGCCACUGCAUCCCAGCACCAACGGCGGCGACUAUUAUGGCGGUGUAGGAGGUGCCACGGGCCCCACAUUGUGGCAAGAGCAGCAUACUCAACAGCAAGCGGCGUAUCCCAUGCGGCGCGUGGAUAGCCGUGCCGAAAUCGAUAUGCUGGAACGUGAGACGAGCACACAGAUGCGGAAUCGUCUACGCACUGCUGAGGGUCUGACACGCGCCGAAAGCAUACAGCGCCUGGACUACCUGAAGCAACAUCUGCUCGAUCUGGAGCGCCAGUAUGAGAAGAGCAAACCGCUGGUCAACUUGGUCGACAAUAUGGUGAAGUUGGGCUCACUCUAUCGCAACAACGAUAUCAACGGCCGUCAGCCGCAACGCAACGAAGCUGUGACAUUGGAUCGUCUCGAAUUUAAUCAGCGCAUGCAGGAACGACGCCUCUUGCUGGAGGAGCAAAAGCAGUGGGAUCGGCUCAGUCCCAAUCACAGCGAGCUGCAGUCAAAGGUGCAUCAACUCUAUCAACUCGAUCAGCUGUUGCAAGAGGAAUCUGGCACACUGCAAAACUUACAGCGUGACAAGGAGGAGUUGGAACGCGCUUUGGGCGGCUUGCGCGCACGCAUACAGGACACUUCGGGUCCGCCGAUGGCGCUCGAGGCGGCCAAAAAGCAACAGCACAUGCUCGAGCGUGAGCUGUCGCGUGUACAUCAACUGUUGGCCGAGAACUCAAAGAAAUUAGAACAAACCGUAGCAGGCAAUGCUCGCCUUGAACAGGAACUAAUUGUGUUGCGACAGAAACUGCAGGCUUCGCGCGGCGCACGUGGUUCACAAGGAGCACUCACAAAUGGCGUUGGCGGCACAGAUAGCUUUGCUAGCAACACGACCGCCAUGUUGGAGUCCGAGCUGAAACGUGUACAAACACUCGUAGGUGACAUGCAACGACAGAGACAAGAGUUAAGCUCGGCUGUGCGUCAAUUAACGGAGAAUUCGAAUCGCCUCUAUCAGGAGAUUGGCAAUAAAGAGAACAUCGCUAACGGUUUGCCAUUAGACAUAUCACAGAAGAAACGUACAAACUCAGCUUCGUGGCAAGAAACUGAUCUGGAUUCGAUGCAUAGCAUCUCGCACACACUGAGCGAUGACUCCACGCUCAAUCUCUCAACGCCGCUUUACGUGGACACGAAACUCAGUGACUUCAAUAAUGGCGAUGAGCUGCAACGUUUGAUGGCUGGCGCUGGCGUUAGCGCUGGCUCAUACCGUUACAAUGACGCCAGCGAUAAUUUGGAGACGAGCGGCGUGGACAGCGAUGGCUUUCUCGACUCCAAUCCGUUUGCCAAUCUGACUAACCAAGAGAAACAGGAGAUCAAAACGGUGCGCAUUGUGAAGCGCGAAUCGGAGCGUCGACAUCGUGAUCGCAGCGAACGUAACGGACUAAGCAGCUCCACGCAAAAUCUCGAUCAGGUGCUGGAGGAAGAGCAACAGCUGAUGAGCAGCAAUGGGCUCAUUAGCAAUGGUUAUCAGCAUAUGAACGGCGGCACGACAAAUGAUUACCAAAGCAAUGGACGUUCGAAAUCGCUACCGCGCAGUUACAACGAACCGCCCACAAGCGGCAAAGUGCGACAUCAUCACCACCACAGCAGCAAACACAGCAGCAAGCACAAUGGACACCACAGCAGCAGCAGCAGCAGCAGCAAACAAGAGGAUUACUAUGGCCGUAACUAUGACAAGAAUAGCAACUAUGCCGGCUACCCGUUUAGCAAUGGCGCCAAUGGUGCUAGUAUUGCUAACGGUGGGCACGCUGAGCGACGUGAACACCUCAACCCACUUGCCAAUGCGUACUUUGCCAAGCAACUGCAACAACAGCAGCAAAACACCAAUUGGCGUGCACGUGACGAUCUGGACAUGGACUUGGCUUUGCGCCCGCGCAUGAAUGCACCAGAUGUUGUGCGCUCCGCUCUGGGGCAUGGCGAGAAGAUCUCAGAGAAUACAAUAGAUAACUUGCUAUUGGCGCCAAAUAAGAUUGUCAUACCUGAGCGUUAUAUUCCGGAGAAGACACCCGAGCUAUCACCCGAAGAAAAGAAACGUCGCCAAGAAAAAGUCGAAUCCAUCAAGAAGAUGUUAGCUGAGGCGCCCAUAAGCACCGCAAACGACACCACUGUCAGCUUGCCGCCGAGCAAAAUCAAUGCCGAAAAGAAGCAACGCGAGCAUUUGUUGCAACUCAAUCAGAUAUUGGCACAACAAGUCAUGCAAAUGAGCAAAAUCGUAGCUGAAAAAGCCAUGGCCAAGGUGCACAAUGACGAAGGCGUUGACGACGACGAUGACGACGCAUCACCAACUGGUCGUGAUGAGCGAAGUUCCGAAUCACCAAGCGAACCACUGCCGAUCUAUCAACAACGCGAUAAUUACUUUAGUUGAAUUUCCGAAGCACAAACUAAAAAUAACACAAACAACAAUAACAUUAAGCACUAAUAACAACUACAUAAAAAAAUAAUUGAAUGAUAAGCAGCCGAGAAAGGCAGACCACUGCACGCAUACACACAUACACAUAAAAAGUACUAAUGAAUACUAUUUUAUUAAAUAAAAAAAUAUUAAAAACAAAAAAUUCAAAUAGUCAGUAAAUGAAAGCACCAAAAACAAGAUGAUGUACACUAAACUACAACAAAAGCAACAAACGCUAAGAUAACUACAAUUAAUGGCGAGAAAACAAUAAGCUACCAACACUUAAAUACAAAACCGUUGCAUUUAUCUUACAACCAAAUAACUACAAAUUAUAAAAAAAAAUACAAAAACAAUUUCAUGUGACAACAAAAAGUUGAAAAUGUUAAAAGUUUACGAAGCGGCCGGUGUUGCGCCUGAAAGAUGGCUAAGUCAAUAUUGUUAGUUAAUUAAUCGAGUUAUUUGAGCUCAUAAUGUAUACAAAAACAACAACAAAAAUUAAUGUAUGUGUAUGAUAAAAAAAUCUUUGAAGUUAUUGUUGCCCGUUUGUUGUGUGUUAAAAGUGACUAACUAAAGAAUUAACAAUUUUAAGCGAAACUAAAUGUGUAAAAGAGCCGCAAACCUUUGAAAACUAUUUAAAAUAAACUAAAUUAUUUUUGUUUUUGCUUAGCUGCAAAACUUAAACGACUGAAUUGUAAAGAAAAUUUAAAAGACUUUAAGAACAAUUAACUAAAAAUAUCACAACUACCAUAAAUAUCACAAAGAGUUUGAAAAUACAAGAACAAAGCAAGCGCCACUAAUUGACAAACUGCAAAAUGGCGCACAUAAGCACACGAACACACACAUAUAUGAAUAUAUGCAUGGAACUGUAAACUAGAUGCAUAUAACUGUAAAUGUAUGCAUAAUUUGAGAGGCAGCGCGGAGUCCAGCAACGGCGCUUGAGUAAAGGCGGUUUGGCAUGCAUAUUUUAAGGAAAACAUUAAUAGUGCAUAAAUUUGUUGCAUUUGCUGAAAACAAAAAAAUAUUUGUUGUAUUUGCUGAAAAAAAAAUCAGAAAAUCAAUUUUUUUUUUAUUUUUUGCUUUCGAAGCAAAAGUUGCUGCGAUUUGUUCAAUUAAAAAAAAUGGAAUUAGCACAGGAAUUAUUAACGAAUUAGGCCACAUAUCAAAAUUAAAAUGAAACAAAAAAAUAAAUUAAAUUAGCUGAAUUUAUGCUAUAUUUGUCUAUGUAUAUAAAUAUGGAAAUAUGACUGUAGUAGAAAUUCGAAAGACACACACACAUACAAAUUGAAUUUGAAAAAUGCAAGUAAAACUAAAAAAUUGUGAAAAUAAAUAAAAAAUU